AUGAGUGCAUGGUUAUGUGGUUUUGUAAGUUUUUAUAUAUUAGAAGCCCAUGGUGCCGCUUAUGACUUAUCGGAAAAGAUGAGUGCAUGGUUAUGUGGUUUUGUAAGUUUUUAUAGAUUACGUUUUCAAUAG